AUGGUCCAAACUCGUUCUGCUCUGAAAAGAAAAGCUACGGUCAUGCCUCAGCAUCGCCCUGCCCCGAUGGAUCCAACUAGCCAGACUGGUUUUGCCAAACGGGCCAAGGAAAGGGAUUUUUAUAAAUCAUACGGCUUUGACUUUAUUGUGCGGCGCCCCGACUACAGCAAACUCUUGGGGGGAGUAAGCCGGCGCAUAAGAGAAGGCGGCGGCCCCGAAUGGGGAUUCGAUGUCAAGGAUUUGAAAUCCUUCUACUGGCAAAUGGCUAAUCUUGCUGCUGCUUGGGCAGAUCAGUACCUGAUAACAGAUGUUGGCGACUUGCCGGAGUCUGAAAUCCGUCGUUUGAUUAGUGCUGCCAACGGAUUCUGUGUACAAAUGGAUUGGGAAGAAUUACGGACCUUGCUCCCACCAACCGCGGCUUCGACCUUUGGCCACAUCCUAGGUGAACUUCUCAUCCAGUUAGACAUCCACGAGCGACUCUUCCAGAACCCUUUUUGGUACAUGGAUGGAAAGAUCGGCCCAGAUGACCAGAGCGAGGACCCUCAUUUCGGACGUAAACUGCAGUAUCUCUUUGACCGUCUCUAUCAAACCAAUCCGACCUAUAGCGUGCUUUGGCGAAUGCAAACCCAACGCCUAUGCAACUCAACCGACCACUUCACAGCCCGAGACCCGCAGUUUGGGCAAUACAAUGCGCAGCGCCACGAGGCAGCCGUUGCCAGUUUUGCGGAUUCUCUGCUAACCAGCGAGCCCUUUUGCUUUUUACUGAAGGAUGAAUACCCAAGCUCGUCUCCGCAGUUGGAUGAGGACAGGCGUUGCCUCCUUAUUGACGUCUUCCGCAACGCAAUCCGCUGCCUCAUUAGGUGCGAGACGUGGACAAACGGCCAGCCCGUUUUAAGGGGAAUUACAGAGCUAGGGGGUAUCUUUCAUGAGGAGUCAAAGACUAUAACUCUCCAUCCAUUCUGUUUUCGACCGCGCAUGGACCUUUAUACGGGCAAGGAUAUACUUGUUGUUGCCCAGCCAGGGCUUGUGUACGUUGAUAGUUGCCACGGUGAUAAUAGUGGUGUGAUGACGGAGAUCAUAGAAGCAGAGGUCUUGCCUGCGUUCAGGCUGGCGGAGGGAGAGGGGAAACAGAUGGAAGAAGAGGCGGCUGAGGAUGCUGAGGAUGCUGAAAUAGCAAAGAAGCAAGACCACGGGGAUGAGGAAUGGACUGAGGAACAGGGGGAGUAG